GCAUGACUCUUGCUGUGCGUCUGGCGUUGUAGAAGUGGGCUUGAGUGAAGAAGCGGCGUCUGGUUUUAGCAACAAGUGGUCUGGAGACCAUCGCGAGAUGUUUCCCGUGGCGGGGUUCCUCCGCAUGAAUCAGGGGGUCGCCGUGCGGCUUCUCAGAGGCUUGUCUUCUCAGACGGACGGAGAGAUCCGCAUCGCACAAGUCCUCAAGCAGAAGUUUCCCUCUGCGUCGUCCCUCAGAGUGGUGGAUAUAUCAGGUGGUUGCGGUGCCAUGUACGAGAUCCACAUAGAGUCUGACGAGUUCGAGGGGAAAAGGACUGUUCAGCAGCACCAGCUGGUUAACCAGGCACUCAAGGAUGAGAUUCAAGGAAUGCAUGGACUGCGGAUCUUCACACAAGUCCCGAAACACUAGAAGACCCACCCCGGCUCAUCCCACCCAAGCCUCAUCCCUCCCCAACUCUUCCCAUCCUGGCUCAUCCCACCCUGGCUCAUCCCACCCCAGCCUCAUCCCACCCCAGCCUCAUCCCUCCCCAACUCAUCCCAGCUCGCCUCAUCCCACCCCAGCCUCAUUCCACGCCAGCUCAUCCCACCCCAGCCUCAUCCCUCCCCAACUCAUCCCAGCUCGCCUCAUCCCACCCCAGCCUCAUUCCACGCCAGCUCAUCCCACCCCAGCUCAUCCCACCCCAGCCUCAUCCGUCCCCAACUCAUCCCAGCUCGCCUCAUCCCACCCCAGCCUCAUUCCACGCCAGCUCAUCCCACCCCAGCCUCAUCCCACCCCGGCCUCAUCCCACCCCGGCUCAUCCCAGCCCGCCUCAUCCCACCAGUCUAAUAUGAAGAUGCAGAUGCAGAGUGAACUCCACAUCGCUCCCAGGCUCACUGUUACCACUAGAUCCACAGCUUUAAAAUGUAAAUUGUGUAAUUAAAUGAAGUCUUGUUUGUUUGUUUGUCUUUAUUUAUGAUUGAGAAAGCCUCUGAAAUGAUACGAGAGGUGGGUGCUCUGUCAGUGUGUGGAAGGCUGUGAUGUGCUGGAGGGCGGCGGGGGGAGUGGUAAAGAUGUCCUUCAGGUUUCGGUGUGUCGUCUCUACGUUUACUGUUUGAUUUGUAAUGACCCAGUUUGACUCUUUCCUAUGAACCACAAAACCAACAUAAAACAUGUUUUUUAAAACA